AUGAGUUCCAAUAGUAUUUGCUACAAGUGCAACCAACCUGGUCAUUUUGCCAGAGAAUGUUCGGUGCCGGGGGGCCGAGACAGUGGAAGAGGAGGAUUCAACAGAAGUAGGGAGAAGUGCCACAAAUGCAACAAAAUUGGGCAUUAUGCCAGAGACUGCAAGGAAGAUUCAGCUCGUUGUUAUCGUUGUUAUGGAGAAGGUCAUUUCGCCAAGGAUUGCCUUCAAAGUCCUGAUAUGCCGUCCUGCUAUAAUUGCAGAAAGCCUGGUCAUAUUGCCAGAAGUUGUCCAGAAGCUGGAGGUAUGGACAGAUCAUCCAACGAGACCUGCCACAACUGCCAGCGGCCUGGUCACAUUUCCAGGAACUGUCCAGAAAACACUAAAACUUGCUACUUAUGUCACCAACCUGGCCACCUCAAAAGAGAUUGUCAGGAAAAUGAAUAUAGGAAGUAGUGCCUCGCAUUGCUCUUUAAUUUGUUGUAUUUUAUAUAUACGUUAUAAAAUGUCCCUUAAAAAAAUAUUGUUAUUCUAAUGUUUCUUAUUUAUACUUCAAACUGUUUCCUAAGUGUUUUAUUUUUGUAGAUUAGAGGAAUAUAAAGUUUUUAAUGUAUCCUAAAUGCAACUAAAGGAUUAUUGAUUAUUCAAGUGUUUUAUUGAUAUUUAAAACCUCACCUAAUACCACUUAGAUAAAACAAUAGGAACAAUGCCAAAACUACUUUAGAAACAAGCAUUCCAAAUUUAGAUAUUUUUAAUCUUCAUAAUUUACUGACAUUUUUUUAAUUGUAAUAAAUUUGUAUACAAUAAAUAACAUUCGUAAACACAAAUGUCUAUUAUUAUAAAAACAGCAAUUUCAUCCAAGAGUCGAAUACAAC